ACAGGUCAGAGUUCACGAGAUCAAGGACUCGGAGUUUCGAGGUGUGCACAGCGUAGAGAUGCCAGGUCCAGUUCCUUAUCUCCAUACGUGCGCUGUGCUGCUUUUCAUUUAUCCAUUCAGCAUGUCUUCCCUCGCCUUCCCGUGCCAGGCCCUGUGUUGGAAUUUGAGUGCCCAGCACUAAGCAGCAUGGCUCAAUUCUCGCUCUCAGAGUUCAGUGGGAAGACAGACACUUGCAUAGGAAACGACCAAGUCAACAAGACAUUUGAGGGGUAGUAGGGAUGUGAAGACAAAAAUCUGGGACCUGACGAGGAGUUGAAGAGACCUCUCUUUUGAGGAGAAAGGGAUGAGCGGUUUCUCUUUUCAGUCAGUAAGCCUCGAAGCGGAGGAUCCCAGUGUCCCAGCCGGGCAUGACAGACCCACACCAGCUUUUCGAUGACACGAGCUCGGCACACAGCCGGGGCUACGGGGCCCAGCAGGCAGCCAGUGGCCUGGGCUACCCCGCCACCUCUACCUCACCCCAGGCAGCCUUCCUGGCAGAUCCCGUGUCCAACAUGGCCAUGGCCUAUGGGAGCAGCCUGGCUGCACAGGGCAAGGAGCUGGUGGACAAGAACAUCGACCGCUUCAUCCCUGUCUCCAAGCUCAAGUAUUAUUUUGCCGUGGACACCGUGUAUGUGGGCAAAAAGCUGGGCCUGCUCGUCUUCCCCUACCUGCACCAGGACUGGGAAGUGCAGUACCAGCAGGACACCCCGGUGGCCCCCCGCUUUGACGUCAAUGCUCCAGACCUCUACAUUCCAGCAAUGGCUUUCAUCACCUACAUCUUGGUGGCCGGCCUUGCACUGGGGACCCAGGACAGGUUCUCCCCAGACCUCCUGGGGCUGCAAGCAAGCUCGGCACUGGUCUGGCUGGCCCUGGAGGUGGUGGCCAUCCUGCUCAGCCUCUACCUGGUCACUGUCAACACCGACCUCACCACCAUCGACCUGGUGGCCUUUGUAGGCUAUAAAUAUGUCGGCAUGAUUGUUGGCGUACUCAUGGGCCUGCUCUUCGGGAAGACGGGCUACUACUUGGUGCUGGGCUGGUGCUGCGUCUCCAUCUUUGUGUUCAUGGUGAGCUGGGGCUCAGUGUGUGUGGGGCUGGGGUCCCUGGGGUCUCCAUGCAGAUGUCAGGGAAGGGAUUUAGAUCAGAGCCACACUGAACUGAGCAGGGCAGGAGGGCUUCCUGGAAGAGAGAGCAUCCAACCCAAGGCUGGAAGAAAAGCAGCACCCAACCGGCUGCAGGGGGUUGGGGUUGGGUUACCCAGGGAGCCGGCUCUUGGCUGGGCUCUUACCCUUGCUGCACUCCCCUUAUGUGGUAGCUUCUGGCCAGAAUGUCCCUGGAAGGAGAUUCUAGGAGCCCUUCCCGCUGGAGUUGGGGGCUAUUUAAGGGCAGUGGAGCCUAGUGGGCGUGGGUUGACCCCAGGCUUCACUGGAAUCGGGGCAGGUUACUUCCCCUGUCCAAACCUCAGUUUCCCCUUUUGUUUAAUGCGAUGACGAGUGCGCCUUGGUACUGGGAGGAUUCGUUUUGAGCAUGAGGAAAAACAGUGCAAAUGUGAUGGCCGGUGGCUAAAUCUGACCCAUGGGCAAACUUUGACUUGAGAGCAUUAUUUA